AAACCAAAUUCUCAUUUGGAAAUUUCAUUCUUUCUGGUUCCCACAUGUCAAAGAGUAAGUGAGCAAUGUGACUCGGCGAUAGUGUAGGAGUUUUGAGCCUUUGGAACUCCCUUCUUACACAGAAAAGAACAAGGAUACAGAUUCAUUGCACGUUGUCAUAUCGGAGACUUCACUGUUAUAUAAACCAACCAAGAUAACUUGUUGUGCUCAUCUCCUUUCCAGCACAAAAGGGACUGAAGCAGUUUAGUUUUGUGCAAAUCAAAGUUUACUAACUCUAAUCUUCUUCUGCAGUUCACGUAACAUGGAGAUAUCUCAGGGUGGAGAUGACUCUUAUCAAAAGAAAUUUGCGCUUCCGGUGGAUUCUGAACACAAGGCCACUGAAUUCAGGCUAUUCUCAGUGGCUGCACCUCACAUGCGGGCAUUUCAUCUGUCCUGGAUUUCUUUCUUCGCAUGUUUCGUCUCCACUUUUGCUGCUCCACCGCUGCUACCUAUCAUCCGAGACAACCUUGACCUGACAGCCACUGACAUUGGAAAUGCAGGAAUAGCGGCUGUUUCAGGCGCAGUGUUUGCUCGAAUUGCCAUGGGGACAGCCUGUGACUUAUUCGGGCCUCGUCUUGCUUCUGCAUCUCUCACUUUACUCACUGCACCAGCAGUUUACUGCACUUCCAUCGCCAAUUCUGCUGUCUCGUUCCUUCUGGUCCGCUUUUUCACUGGUUUCUCCCUUGCGACGUUUGUGUCGACCCAAUUCUGGAUGAGCUCCAUGUUCUCUGCAAGGGUCGUUGGCACGGCCAAUGGCGUUGCAGGCGGUUGGGGCAAUCUUGGAGGUGGAGCAACGCAGCUGAUCAUGCCCCUAGUGUUUGAUCUCAUCCAUCAUAUUGGUGCAACCAAAUUCACAGCAUGGAGAAUUGCGUUUUUCAUCCCUGCCCUGUUUCAGACUUUAUCAGCAUAUGGUAUUUUCUUUCUGGGCCAAGAUUUACCAGAUGGGAACUACUCACAACUUCAUAAAUCAGGAGACAAGCACAAAGACAAUUUCGCACAGGUUUUCCAUCACGCAGUCACAAAUUACAGAGGAUGGAUCUUGGCUUUGACUUAUGGUUACUGCUUCGGCGUUGAACUCACAAUAGACAACAUAAUUGCGCAGUACUUUUACGAUAGAUUCAAUGUGAACCUUCACACAGCUGGAAUUAUUGCAGCCAGUUUUGGGCUGGCAAAUCUUUUCUCCAGACCUGGAGGAGGGAUGCUGUCGGAUCUUAUGGCAAAGAAGUUUGGAAUGAGAGGAAGGCUGUGGACUCUGUGGAUCGUCCAGACGUUAGGCGGAGUUUUCUGCAUUCUUUUAGGCAAAGUGGGAUCUUUGGGUGUAUCAAUUGCUGUGAUGCUCAUAUUCUCCGUCUUCGUUCAAGCUGCCUGUGGGCUUACCUUUGGUGUUGUUCCUUUCGUUUCAAGAAGGUCUUUAGGCAUUAUAUCUGGGAUGACUGGUGGCGGUGGAAACGUAGGCGCAGUUCUAACUCAAGUAAUUUUCUUCAGAGGAUCGAGAUACUCCACAGAAACAGGGCUAACAUUGAUGGGGGUCAUGAUCAUAUGUUGCACCUUACUAAUUACAUUGAUACACUUCCCACAAUGGGGUGGAAUGUUCUGUGGACCCGCGUCUAAAAGCACAACAGAAGAAGACUACUACAUGUCUGAAUGGAAUUCAGCAGAGAAAGAACAAGGUUUCCACAAAGCUAGCUUGAAAUUCUCAGAGAACAGCAGAAGUGAAAGAGGUAAAAGGAUUGGAUCAGCGCCCACGCCCAACAACAGCACUCCCGAUACAUAUGUCUGAACUUAGUAUAUUCAGCAUCUUUAGUUGUUUAGAAACUCCUUUCAAAGUUGUUCAAAUGGCAAGUCUUUGUUGCAGCAAUAUCUGGUGUUGGACAUUGCUGGCUAAGGUGUGUAAAGAAUUGUAAGAAAGGUUAUUUUACAAUCUCAAGCAACCAAUAAGCUAAUAUUUGUAUUCCCAACUUCGUUUUGCAUCAGAUCCA